CAAAGAUCUCUUUGUUGCGACAUGAGAAGCGAAUAAGCACUAUUAUUGGCAGAUAACUUGGCUAUUGCGCUGUCUCACCGCACUGCCAUCCACACAACCCUAUUUUUGUCUCUGGCCUCAGGCGUUCAGCUGCGGGAAAUCCUCCCGCAGCCACGUUGCUCGCUGAUCUGCCUUCACUUCAGCCUUCGAAUACUCUUGCGCUGCUCUUGCAUCCAUCCUUCUCUUGACAUCUCGCUUCGUGAUUCGGGCCCGUCAGCUGUAAAGGGAGGAUCCGCACAGCCCUAUCAAGCAGAACAUAUCAAGGGCGGUCGGCCACCUCAGGCCAACACGAUCUCAUCUCUACCAGACCGUUAUUCGGAAACAUCACCAUGGCGCCUCUCAAUCUCGCCCUCAAACUCGCAAUCGGCCUCCUCAUGAUCGACUCAAUAAUCGAACUCUCCUUCAUCUCUAGCAUGGUCUCCUGGCUGCACCGACGAGCAGGCCGCGACUUCCAAAUCUCCUACAACAACUCAACCUUCCCCUUACACGGCAAGCCCGCCAAUCUCCUCCUCAACGAAGGCCACACCAGCAACGGCGCAGCAGGCACAGCCUUCGUCCUGAUCGGCCUAGGCGGAAUCCUAGCCUUAUACCUCCGCCACCACGCCUCGCGCCCAAACGCCAAACUCCGAAGUCUCUCGCAAGCCUGGUACCACUUCUGGCUUAUAAUGACAAUACCCUCAACACUCCUCACACUCGCAGCGUUGAUUUACACUUUCGUCCUCGUCAACGCCCACCAAAAUCAAACCAUCAACCUCGAACUCGCAUCCCAACUCAAUAACCACCCUUACCCAAACUACGUCGCGUAUCCUCUCGAGAAAUGGACGCCGCAGAAUUGGUUUCAAGCUGUUCUCCAACUCCCACUCGCGAACAGUAGUGAUCGCAGGAAUAUCGAAAGUCAUGUUAGAGUUAUGGAGGGGUGGAAAUGGAAUUUGAUUCCGAUGUUUGUGAUUGGGUUUUCUGUGUCUGGAAUUGCGUUUGCUGAGGCGAUGGCGUAUCGAAGGUUGAGGAAUCGGACUCCGGGGUUUGAUCCCGAGCAUAAGCGUGUUGCGAUAAAGUAGACGAGGGGAAUGAAGAGCGCGAUGAAGUAUGAGAUCAAUGAGAAUUUCCAUGCAUGAUAUCGC